UAUCUAAAGAGACGUGUUGAUAGAUUCAUUGACAGACACAAAUAAAAAAAAAAACAUUUGUUCAAAUUUAGUUAUAAUAAAUAAUUUAAUUAUUUAAUUAAUGUUCUUUCUUUAGUAUUUGCGACUAAACCCAAAUUUUGAAAUGUGUUCUGUUUUAUCUUCCGACACAAUUUUGGAAUACGUUAAACUCAGUGGCGUAACUACAUUUAUUAGGCCCAUAAGCGAAUUAUAAUUAAUUUAAUAAUUAAUUAAUUAAUAAUUAAAGCGUUUCUGCUUUGAGGUUAUCUCACCAACAAAAUCUCACAUACUACAAGCUGAUUCGGCUGAUAUGCUUACACUAUGGAUUUCCGCUUUACAAAAGAGCAUAGGUGCAGCAAUACAACAUGAUAGUCAAAAUUCCAGACCACAUUCAUCGUUAGCGGCAAAUGCAUUAAAUUCCAAGCGAAAAAUACACUGGGAGCAAUUUUUAAAAAUACCAGGCAAUUCAAAGUGUUGUGAUUGUCGUGGCAUUGAUCCACGUUGGGCUUCCAUUAAUUUAGGCAUCACAUUGUGCAUUGAAUGUUCUGGUGUUCAUCGUAGUCUUGGCGUACAUUAUAGUAAAGUACGUUCACUCACGUUGGAUGCUUGGGAGACGGAAAAUGUGAAAGUCAUGAUGGAGUUGGGUAAUGAUGUUAUUAAUCGUAUAUAUGAAGCACGUAUUGGUGAACACUGUGAACUGAAAGUGCCGACAGAGAACUGUGAAAUCAGCGUAAGAGAGGCUUGGAUUAAGGCGAAAUAUGUAGAGAAACGUUUUGUUUGUGCAAUGCCUAAACCACAUGAGUUGCUUGCUAGUGAAACUGCAGAAAUACUAUCCAUUGAUAGUGGCGGCGGUGAAGGCAGUAGCAUACAUAAAUUAGAUACUACAAGUUUAUGUAAAACGUUAUCUUUAGGUGCGCGAAAAUGGGCAGUGAAAAAGUAUCGCAGACGUGGUCAUAGAAAACGCAAGCGUUCCAGUUCAAAAUCUGAUGAGGAUGAUGAUAAUGAAUCUCUAGAUAUACCUUCAAUGUCGUUGAGUAUAUCACGUGAAGACUUACUUGUUAUUGGCGAAGAAUUAACAACAGAGUGUCUUUCAAUGCCAGCUAUUCUUGGUUCAGAUCAAGAAUCUACAGAAGGCGAAAAUGAACCAGAAGUGCUGGAUGAAAUCCCAUUUUCGAAAUUAGAUGCAAAUCUUAUGUUGUAUAAAGCGUCAAAAGUACAUAAUUUGCCCGUCAUGUGCAUGGCUUUUGCUUUGGGUGCUAAUAAGCAUUGGAGAAAUGUGAGUGAUUUCAAUCGCACUUUUCUACAUCAAGCCGUUUUGUCUGGUUCAGUUAUGGCUUGCGAAUAUUUACUUCUAAAUGGUGUACCGAUUGACGCAGUCGAUGAUAAUGGUUUAAGUGCACUGCAUAUGUCUACAGAUAAAGGUUACAUCGCACAAGUGUAUUUACUAUUGAAACAUAAAGCAAAAUAUGACACUGAAUCAAACGAUGGUAAAAAACCUUUGGAUAUUGCAGUUGAUCAACGUAAUGCCGAUAUUGUCACACUUUUACGUCUGACGCGUCUUAACGAUGAAAUCGGACUUAACGACGAAGGUAACGGAGAAGAUGAAACUUACAAAGAUGUGAUGAAAGAUUUUUCGCACUUUGCAGCAAGUCAACCACGUAUGUUGCGAAAUCGUAAUGAUACAAAUACACUCGAAUCACAACGUUCCUCAUUAACGAAUUCAGAUUAGUUUUAACCAGCUGAAAUAGUAAAAUGUAUUAAAGAUCUGCAUAUCGUUGUUAGGCAAAGAAAAUAAAGCACUGAAAAUGAACAGGAAAUUAUUUGCAUAUAUACAUACGCCAGAGUGAUUGACGUUUAGUUUUAUUUAUAACUGCUUUAAAUAUAAAAUAAUUCAAUAAUUUUACAUGUUAUUGUAUGCUUCGAAAUCAUUCGUAUUGUUAAAUAUUGA